AUGAAGCGGCAGCAGGCAACCAUCUCUCGCUUCUUCGCGCGCAAGCCGUCCCCAGCGCAACCAACCCCGCUUCCCACCUCCCCCUCCCACACCCCGUCCCCAUCACAGCCGCCAGUCGCCGUCCGCGUCACCACUCCGUCCUCCCUCCUCCGCCCGCCGCGCGCCUCCCCCGCCGCCGGCGGCGGCGGUUUCGGUAGUAGCCGUGGUGGUGGCGGUGUCAAUAGCGGAUUGGUGAAGGAGAUCGGAUCGGCGGAAGCGGAAACUGAGAAUGGGGGAGCCGCGGGGCCUCGUGGGGAGGAUCGGGGGUGGCGGAGAACAGGAAGCGGGGAAGAACCGGGGGGGAGUGGGGGCGGAAAGGAAGGUGUGGCGGAGGGGAAGGCGGAGGGGAAGGGGGAUGAGCUAGAAGCGGAGGGGGAAGGCGGAGGAGUUGUGUUCAAGCGUAAGCGGGCGGGGGGAAGGCGGGCAGCGCGGAGAUUAGUGGCGGAUGGAGGGGCGGAUGAGGGGGAUGGGGGAGAAGAAGAAGAAAUGGGGGCACCGAUGGGGGAGGACGAGUGGGGGGAAGGAGAGAGGCGGAGAAAGAGGGGAAGGGGGGAAAUUGAAGGGGAGGAUGAGAGAGUUGUUUCUCAUCCUUCCGCUCCACACCCCGCACCCACUACCACCACCAAAGAGGGUAGCGAUUUCAUCCCCGGUAUAAGCCUGCCCCUUCCAGGCACAAAGCUCACCCCGUUAGAAGAGCAGGUCGUGGCGCUGAAACGCCUCCACCCGGACGUUUUGCUAUUGGUCGAGGUCGGCUACAAGUUCCGGUUUUUCGGGGCCGAUGCUGACGUGGCGGCGCGGGUUCUCGGCAUCUACUGCCACGUGGACAGGGCUUUCCUGACGGCGUCGAUCCCCACGUUCCGCCUGCACGUGCACGUGAGGCGGCUCGUGGAGGCGGGCUUUAAGGUGGGCGUGGUGCGGCAGAGCGAGACGGCGGCCAUUAAAGCCCACGGGAGCAACAAGGCCGGCCCGUUCGGGCGGCAUCUGUCGGCUUUAUACACGCGGGCAACGUUGGAAGCGGGGGAGGAUCUGGGAGGGGAAGGAGGGGAGGGAGGGGAAGGGGGAGUGGGGAGAGUGUUGGGGGAGGGAGGGAAGGGGAAGAGGGAAGGAGGGAAGGGAGAUGCUGGUGGUAGCACUGCUGCUGCUGCUUCCUCUCCCGGCUUCUCCCCAUCAACCACGGAUCUGGACUCGUCUCAAGGCUGGGAAACAGGCUCGGCAGCAGGCAUGGGAGCAGGCUCGGGAGCAGGCUCGAGAGCAGGUUCGGAGGGCGAUGUGCGGAUAGGGCUGGUGGCGGUGGUGGAGACGUCAACAGGGGACGUGGCACAGGGGUGCUUCACUGAUGCCACUCACAAGCUCCUCUCAUACCUUGCGUGCCGAGACCCCGCACCAAGAGUCACCACGGCAGGGGGUGAUGGGAUCACUGCUGCUGCCGUGGUUGGGGGAGGCCCUGGGAAGGCUGGGGGCGGUGGCGGCAGGAGCAGCAGCAGAGGCAGCGGCAGCAGCAUGUGUGGGGUGCGUGCAGCUCUUGCAGAGUUCUUUGCGACGAUGCCAAACGGGGCUGCUUGUACUGAGGACGCAGGCAAGGGGCAUGAGGAUGGGAAUGGAGAGAGGAAGAAGGAGAGGGAGGAGCAGCAGGAGAGGGAGCGUCAACAGGAUGAGCAGCUGCAAGAGGUAGACCCAGCAGUGGAGGCGGUGCUCUCCAUGCCACCAGUGCUGCUCAGAGCGCUCCGCUGCUGCU